CGAAACUCAAUGAUUACAAUUGGAAGCGGGAUUUCAACGCCAACUGUUAAAAUCUUAAUAUUUAGUUUAAUAAACUAAUAAAAGUGUACUUUAUCUGUGUAACAUUUGCCAUCGGAAAGUAGAUUGUAAAUACUCUAUUCAAAGUUUUCUCUAGCAGGAUCGUGUGGAACAAUAUUCAAAAAUACAUUUCGCUAACGUGAAGUGAUAGCCGGUAAAAUCAGCCUGAGCUGAAAAUGUCCUUCAGCGCCAAGUUAGACCUACUGAGGAAAGGUUUCGCUCGAAAGUCGAGUGCCGCCAGAACGGUUCCCGAAAUGCGAGAUCUGUUAAAAACUAUAGCCAAACAGGUAGACCGGGAAAAAGCGGCCCUUUACAUUUUCAAAGAACUGCUGGACGUCUACAUGGAACUGGAAGACGAACAGCAAGAUCACCGCGAAGUGUUAUUCGAAUCAUUUUCCUAUUUGCUCGAGCAGUGUCAAGAAGCGAAUGUGGCUAUUAAAAAAAGUUUCGUGCCGUACGUUAAUAAUGUGAUAGCAAAAAUUUUCGGUAAAGAGAACAAAAGACUGAUGACCAUACAGUGUUGUAAAUUACUGAAUCAAUGUCCAAUGGGAGAACACCAAGAUUUGUUUUAUCGUGUUAGCAAAGUGGCACUCAAAGUAGUUUGCGAUUUAAAUGCCCGAAAACCAAAGACUAGUUCCUCCGCAAUGGAGCAAUGUUUGUCGGAUGGAUUAGAUUUUAUUUGUACGGUUACUUUACAACUGGUGAGGCAUUGGUCCCUUGCCGAAACUGGAGAAGAGCGGAGUAAAGCUUUAACGAUCUUUCACGAUAUGUUCAACAAUUCCACAGCUUUGCUUUAUAGAAUAUUCAAUUUAGAAUCAACGAAAGCUUCGCAAUUGUUUCGGACGUUUGUUGAUAUAUUCCGGAAAGAAGCGAAGUUCAGUGAAAAAGAAAUAGUUGGUCUAUUUUCGAAAAGCAUUUCCUAUCUGGAAAGCAUACUAAGUUUAGGCGAAGUCAAUAAGCAAUACCUAGAGUUUGCUGGAUUUGUGGAAAUUUUCGAUGUUAUUGAGCAAAAACCCGUCGCUAGUUUUGUUGAAAUUUUGAAAAUGUACUUGAAUUUUCAAUCUGAUUUCGUACCAGACGUGCAUAAAUUGACGGGAAUCUCGGAUCAGCUACGCGUUUUAGCAGUUAGCUUCGUCUCUGAUCCGCUUUUGAUAGAUUUGGUUGUUUUCAUUGUGAUGCAAAUGCGAAUUCAUCUCGGUCAGCUCAAACAGCGCGCCCAAGGAAUUGCGCUGGAGGUCAUAGACCUAUGCAAAACGCUUACCAAGUUCGUUCGGCACUGCCCGAAAAGUCUUUCGCAAGUUUGCUCUCGCUGCUCUAACUCUGAUCGACAUUUGGUUGAUUAUAUAGCGUCAAUGGUAGCCCAAGAGGCUAUGAUAGCGGCCAAAGAAGGCAAGGAUAUAACGCCGGAGCUGUUUGCUGUGGUGAACGGAUUUAUUCGGAAUCAACUGCUAACGCUGGAAGCCAUGAGCUGUGAAAAGAAGCUUUCCUUGAUUGACUCUGCAUUACGAUAUACAGUAAAUUGGGUGAGAAUUUGCUCACGGAGUUUCACGGAUAAGGAUCUUAUCGAGUUAGUGCGAACAUUAAUCGAUUAUAAAUAUAGGUAUAAGUUCGACUUUCUAACACCCAACUAUUUGAUGAGACUGAUGGAAAAUUGUCUGAAAGAAACGCUGUGUUGCGCUACAAUCAUUGAUAUCAAAUUGAUAAGAAUAAUGCUAGCUUUACGAGAUGAGACGGUUGUCGCAGGAGAUUUCAAAGAAAUAGAAGAGGCAGCCUAUAUUGUUGUGAAUUAUCAAAUGAACUCCAGCGAUGAAAAACUACAAGACAUGAAUUUGAUCGAGCUGAUAGAGCGCAGCGACCGUGAAACAUUUGGUUUUCCGAACGAACAGCUCAGUGACUCGGACAAAGUUACAAUACUUUUUGCGGAAAUUAGUUGGGCUUCCCGUUUCAAACCUUCAAAAACUCUGGAUUACAUUCACCUGCUUUUGAAACUUCGAGCUGAUCCAUUAAAGCUAGGAAUGACUAUCUACAUGCUUCAAGAUGGUACUUUUUCGCAAUUAUCAGAGAAAAUAGUAGAAAAACUUACAAGUAAAAUUAAAAAUGCUCGCCCGGAUACUAACAUUGAUAAAAUUCGACGAUAUGGUUCACUGGCAGUGCUGAGUUAUUACGCGUACGAAUCGCACUCGAAAACGAUCGUCUCCCGGCUGAAAAACUGCCCACUACACAAGGACUCUCUCCAGAAUGACCAAAUUAAUGAAGUUCUGCAGGAAAAUCUGAUGGACAAUGAAGCUGCAAGUGUUGAACUCCUGGAGGAAACCUACAGCAAUUUUCGGCAGAUGGUUAUGACAAUGGCAGAAUCUUCCUUCCAGCAUUUCAACCUGAUCUAUUCGCUGAAUCAAAUCUCCUCAAUGUUGAGCAACAUUUGCCAUUUUUAUCAGAUUUUUCAUCACCCCAAACGAUCGGUAGAACUGCAGCUGCUUUGCUACGUACUCGUGAGCCAGAAAGCAGAUCGUCCGCUGGACUUAUGUCGUUCGCUGGGUUUUCUAAUUGAAAAUCAUCAACUUUUUCUAGAGUUAUUACAAGAUCCGCUUUACUGCAAACUUCAGUGGGUGCCAACACUAGAACAACUGAUUAACAAAACAGUCGAGAUAAUCGAAAACCACGAGUCAAACUUUUUGUCCGUUCCUGAGACACGUCGAUACCAUUUUCUGAGUCUCUACUUAGCAGUAGCGUUGAACAAUGCCCACAAGGGUGCUCUAAAAGCGGCCGUUGCGUCGUUGCAAAAACUUAACCCGCUUCUCAAGCAACUGUCUACGCACUGCUCGAGUACCGUUUCUAUCGUUCGUGGUCGCACCUAUCACGUCUUGUUUCGACUGAUCACUUGCUACGGGCUAUCAACGCCAUGCGAAAUGCCCCCGCGAAUAUUCAUCCGUAUGAUGUUGAGCCACUUUAAUGAGAUACAGAAGCUGCAAACCGAUCACACCUUCAGUGUGACCACCGCAACGUUGGAGAUGACGAUCGAUACGGUGCGCUAUUUGAUACCGCGCUACAGCGCCGGAGAAAUUAUCGAACCAUAUGUGGAGCAAAUUUUGCGCUUUAUCUUGCGACGAGGAGCUGGCUUACGGGCCUUACAGGUGUUUGCCUUGUACGCUGCUUUCAGUGCCGAUAGCGAAAAGUUCGAUAAAUGUCGGAUGCUGCUCACGUACAUGGAUCGAAUAUUGAUGUUUCGGCCGCUUGAAACAGAUCGUAAGGAUCAACUGUCCAGCAAAUCGGUCGAAUCCAUCCAGCAAGUAUACGAACAAAUGGAGAUACCAUUAAUCGAACUCGAUGACCGUUCCAGUCCAGUAGAUCAAACCAGAAAAGCUGCCAAAUAUUUAAAAUCCCCAUCGAAACGAAGCUGUUCACCCAAUCUACUGCCCGAAUCCCAAGUGGAUGGAAGACAAUACAUAAUUCAGCACCAUACAAGCUGUACUUGUCAGUACUGUCGGUACCCUCAGUAUAAAUGUUUAGCAAUAAUAGCCGCUGCUGGCUACGCUCGGUUGGCAUUUUUGCAGCAACGUUUCGACGAGUGUAAAAACCUAUACCAAAUAAUAGUGAAUCAUUGGGAUCGAAAGCGGACUUAUUACAGCAAAACUCCUGAUUUGAUGGGGUAUCGAGAAGAAUUUAUAUUCUUUCUAGCAAGAUCAUUCAUGCAUUACGGUCAGUAUCUAGUAAAAAGUGGUGAGUUAAAGGAGGCCCGCAGGCUGUUCGAGACAAGCAUUGAGGUUAUCAAAGGUGAGGGGAACCAUGAGCUAGUAAUGAUCGAGGAAAUCCAAAUGAAUCUACUGUCUCUUCAAGACAUAGAGAAUUCAACAGCCACGAAAGAAUCAGUAUCAGUACUUAGCUACGAAGAUUUCCUGAAAAAUAACCCUGAUCUUGAAAUAACAUCUCUGCUAGAUGUUGGACGUUUGGAAUUGAAAACACCUAAGGUUAGAACGAAUAAAAUAGUUCCUAGAACAGCCUGUCGAGCAGACGACCUGCUGAAGCAGGUUGCUCGUAAGCAUCUGAAGACAUACCUCACUAAAGACUACACUCAAGAAUCGGAAAUAAUAACUGCCAUAUCUGGUCUGUCUGUUGCCUCGGAGAAAAAACCAAAAGCGGUUAGCAUAUUCAUCGAUUCACCGGAGAAUUCCACCGGUUUCACUAUAAAAAAAUCCAACACAAAUUUGUUCGGCUCAAAUCCGAAGGAAGCAGGCUUUUCGCCUAAGAAGAAAGGACGCAAGAAAAAACCUGACGGAGAGACUCCUGCAGCUCCGAAAUCCACUAGAAAAAAGCGUAUCGCUCUUAGCCCUACCGUUAAAACGUCCUCCUCGAACGAGUCGUUCAAAGACACACUGAUCAAAGGAAUCGAUUGUAGCACCCCCAAAGUGAGUGGCCCAAUCGCAGGCAGGGCUAAAUGUCGGUCUACAAGCAAAAAACCAAAGUUAGCUAUGGCUUUUCCACGACUCAAAGAUACCGUCGAAUCCACUUCCCCCGACGUUGAGGAGAAACAAGUUGAUCAAUCUUUGAACGGUUCCUAUCGUGACGUGUUACUAAAAUCGCUCGUGGGAAGCAAAAAAUUAUUUUCUAAGGAGUCGAGCGAUAUAAUUGUUUUGGAUAAUUCAACGGACCAAGAGGACGUUGUGAAUACCAGUCUAUUCGAAAAUCUCUCAGUUACCGAAACAAACAACGGUGCACUUUCACUUCGAAAAUACUCGGAUCGGAAAUUAGCAAACGCAAUUAGUAGCACCAACAGUUCAAACAAACCUAAAACCAAAACACGGCUCGUGUUUGAUACCUCGGGGGUGAUUGACAUAACGACACCCGUCAGCUCUCCGGUAGUCGACGUAGCUGGCGCCAGCAGAGAAAGCUCUACUGGUUCCUCAAGUUCCGAAGUGGUGGUACGAAGACCAAGAGGUAGACCCCCUAAGGGAAGCGGAAAGACUCCGAAACCGUCGAGUGACCAUGUAAGUAGCUCCGUAACACACAGACGAAAAGUAAAAAAACAAAACGCAGACUCCUAAGGCUCGUACGCCGGGAUUCCGAUAAACCUUGAUAUUUAUAUUUUGACUUUUACCGUUGUAUAGUGUAAACAUUUUUCUAGUGGCGAUUGUCACUUUUUGACUUUGUUUCAGUUAGUAAUAAAAUGAGGUUAAUUGUUCCUUUA